UCACUCCCAAGCUACAUGAUAUCAUGCUACAAGGCUCUUUACAAUAUAACAAAUGAUAUCGCUGACAUGUCCAUGAAAGAGCAUGGACUGAACUCAAUCGAUCAUCUCAAGAAAGCUUGGGCAACUUUGUUUGAUGGAUUCAUGAUUGAGGCAAAAUGGUUGUCUGGUGGUCAGGUCCCUACACGGGAGGACUACCUGAGAAACGGCAUCAUCACCUCGGGGGCACCACUUUUGUUUAUGCAUCUUCUCUUCAUGCUAGGCCAUGAUUUAACGGAGGAAAACAACGACCACAUGUCUCGGAUUAUCUCAUGCCCUGCAAAAAUCAUGAGGCUCUGGGACGACAUGGGCAGUGCAAAGGAUGAAGCGCAAGAAGGGCUAGAUGGAUCGUACAAGGAGCUCUACCUAAAAGAGAGCCCUCAUAGCAACGCGGAGGGGCACAUGUUGGAGAUGAUUGCAGAUGAGUGGGAGGGUCUCAACAGGGAGUGCUUCUCCAGGACGAGGUCAUCACUAUCCCCUACCUUCAUUCGAGCAUCACUCAAUUUCGCAAGGAUGGUCAGCGUCAUGUAUGGCUAUGACCACGAGCACAGGCUCCCUGUCCUUGAGGAUUACACCAGAAUGCUACUCUUCUGAAUCAUACAUGACCAGUACAUUAACUAUACAAAGUCUUGUAAAUGUAGUGUAUUUUUGUUGUGAUCGUCACAUACAUUGGAGUUAAUACUAUGAGGGAGGCUAA